AUUUGCUAGGUGCAAAUCCAAUCCAACCAAAGCAAGCCAAGAAAAAACAAGAAGCAAAAAAAUCCCAAAGCAAUCUAGCUAGCUAAAUAACAUUAGUUUAGUGCAAGUGCAAGAACAGCUAGUAGCUUAGCUUAGAGAGCAAAUUAAGAUGAGCUGGUGGCAGAGCCAGAAGAUCAUCCGCAAGGGAGGAGCAGGAGGAGGAGGCAGUACUGCUGCUCCGGCCACCGCCGCCGCCGCCGGCGGCAUCGGCGGCGGCGGUGCCGGCGAGGUGGCGGUGCAGAAGGUGUACCACAACCUGGCACCCAAGCCGACCUUCAGGAAGAUCGACAGCAUCAAAGAGGACAUCAACAAGAAGGCUGACAGGUUCAUCAAGAUGACCAGGGCAAGGUUGUUCAACCAGACCAAGUCCUUCCGGCAGCCGGCCGGCUCGCCGCCGGCGACGGCGGCCGGCCGUGAUGGGAAACUCUUCUGAUCGAUCGAUCCACUCGCCGUAUAUGCCGCCACUGCAAAUAAGGAGCUUAAUUAUUUAAUAUCUACUUAAUUAUGUGAUAUAUAGCCAUGUUAUCAUGAUCCAGGUAGAACUGAUGAUGAACUUUAUAGAUGGCGGUGCAUGUAUUAAUUAUUUGUCCUACUUAGGACGACGUGAUGAUGAUUAUUUAUGGACUAAAUAAUUUCAUUAUAUUUGAGUAUUUUUUUUAUUA